CAAAUCUGUGUAACAUUCUGGCACCAGUUGACCUGAGAACCUUUUCUUCUUCCAGAGUACCCCCAUUUUCCUUUUCAUAUUAUGGAGAGGGUUCCAAAAAUGAUACAGACUAGAUGCCGACCAGUGGAAAAUAGAAAAAAUAUUAAUUGCCUGGAGUGGAAACACAGUGGCUUAGUAAAUACAUAUAUCCAAAGGAAAUAGCCCAGCAAUCUUCUUUUUUGUUUAUUAUUUCUAUUUCAGAUGCUAAACUUAAACCUAAAUAGCAACAUAUUUAUUUAAGUUAUUUUCCCUUGAGAAAAGCUUCACUUUUAUUUAUCUUCACUUUUAACUGCAACACCUGAAGCUAUUCCCACUGUGCACUGGCAUUUCUUAAAUGGUAUAUAAGGAGACGCCACCAAUAGGUUUGCCUAGAAGAAUUUUCAGUGAAUUUUCUCACAAUGCUCAGGCUUCUCUUCCUUGCUGCUCUUGCAAUCUGCGGACAAUGUCAUGAUGAUGACAUCCGCUAUUUUGAAGACAACGAAAUUGAAGAAAACGAAAAUGGACGUGUUGUAGGAGGAACUAAUGUAGCAAAAAACGCCUGGCCCUGGCAGGUAUCUCUCCAGUAUCUGUCCGGCAGCAGCUGGUACCACACCUGUGGAGCCUCCCUCAUCCGCGCUAACCGUGUGUUGACCGCCGCACAUUGUGUGGACAGAACCGUUUCCUUCCGUGUGGCCCUCGGUGACCACAAUCUUAAUACUAAUGAAGGCACCGAACAGUACAUUUCUGUCUCUUCCAUCAGAAAACAUGCUAGCUGGAACACCAACAACGUUGCUGCUGGGUAUGAUAUUGCUAUUCUGUGGCUGGCCUCCAGUGCUACCCUGAACAAUUCUGUGAAAUUGGCUACACUGCCAGCAAGUGGAGCUACCCUGGCAAACAACUACAACUGUGUUGUUACUGGAUGGGGAAGAACCAGCACCGGUGGAUCUCUUGCCACUGUUCUCCAGCAAGUUACUCUGCCUGUAGUUGCCCACGCAACCUGCUCUCUCAGCUCCUGGUGGGGCAGCACUGUCAAGACCACCAUGAUCUGCGCUGGUGGAGAUGGAGUCAAGUCUUCCUGCAAUGGAGAUUCUGGUGGACCUCUGAACUGCGCAGUCAAUGGUGUGUAUCAGGUCCAUGGUAUUGUCAGCUUUGGCUCUUCUCUGGGAUGCAACUACUACCAGAAACCAUCUGUGUUUACCAAAGUCUCUUCUUACACCUCCUGGAUCAGCAGCAACAUCUAAAUGGAUCACUCCUUUUUCGCUAGUGGGAGACCUGAUAACAGUUACAACACAAUGCCUAUCUGUGUUGUUUUAACUUACCAAUAUCUUGCUAAUAAAGAACUUACCUCUA